AUGGCAUCACCUAACUCCACACUCACUCGUGUGCUUGUGGCUGUGUUCGCGGAUGACUACAAGCACAUGGGUGAGGGGGAGGUGGGGUGUGGAGUGUAUCUGGUGGCCCAGGAGUGGGACAUGGAGGAUACUUGGAGUUCGUCGGCAUUCGCAGCUCUCCAGCUGAUGGAGUUCGGCAACUCUGUCUGCUACCGUGUGCCGGCUGGAGUGUAUGGGGAAGCAUCACAUGACAACAUAGCUUUAGGCCCUGCUCCUGACGACGCUGCUACGGCUCGCUUUGCCCGUCAGCGCGCUGACCGGACGGCUUGGACGUCGCGUGACGCUGCGGCCUGCAUCGCACUCAGCAGCCUCCUCCCUGAGUCCGAGGAGGUCCACUUUACUCAGGUUCGCACCGCUGCUGCGUACCUCACUGCGAUUAAGGCCCGCUACUCUACUCCCGCUACUGUCUCUCUUGGCCGUCUUUUCCUCCCGUUCCUGUUUCCUGAUCUUGCCUCGUUUGAGCGCUCUGCUGACUUGAUCGCUCACCUCCGCUCGCUCGACGCUAGUUACCGCGCUGCUUGCACUGAGGCACAGCUUGUACUGCUUCCUCCCCCUAUGGCGAUCACUGUCUAUUUCAUCGCCACUAGCCUCCCUGACCGCCUUGCCUCCGUUCGUGACGCGCUUCUGCUGAAGCACCCUAGUGAGCUGACUAUCGAGGUCCUUGAGUCUGCACUCAAGGACGUCGAGAGCAACCUUCGUUCGGUAGCUGCCGCCUCUGGUACUGUGUCCCCCCCACUCUUCCACGGGUGCACAGUCCCGCAGUUACCCACCUUCAGUGCCUCUCUUGCCACUGCCGCUACUGACGCGACUGCGGCUGCUGUUACGACUGCGUCGCGGUCCCGCGGCAGGGGGGGCAAGAAAGGUGGUUCUAGUGGAGGUGGAGGCGGAGGUAGCGGAGGUAGUGGGGGUGCUGUUGCGACUGGCGGUGGUGGGAGUGCAGCGUCUGGAGAGACCCCUCGUGCAGCGGCUGGUGACUCCACUGCACCUGCUGGUGGCGGCGACCCCCGAGCUCGUCAGUCGCCUCCUUCACUGCCUGUCACACUACCACUUUACCGUGUCCUGCUGCUCCCUCCGGGUCUCUCACUGGGUUUCACGUCCCCUCGUUCUCCCGGAACUUGGUGGGCGUGCGACCCCUCGUGA